AAACCUCCUCAAAUUCGUCACUCUGUUCUUCCUUUCUCCUCUGCUCACUCUCUCUGUCUCACCUCCUUUUCAUUUUCUCUAUAUAUUUGUUGUUUCUUCGUUCGGUGUAUUCCGGCGGGGUAGGUGGGGAGUGAGAAUGGCGUUGCUUCCAGAUCUGGGGACGGAAAUCGUGAUUCCGGUAUGCGCUGUCAUCGGCAUCGUGUUCUCGCUCGUCCAGUGGUUCCUUGUUUCGCGCGUGAAGCUCUCGCCGGAGCGCGGCGGGGAGUCGGCUGCUAAAAAUGGGAAGAAUGGCUACAGUGACUACUUGAUUGAGGAGGAGGACGGCAUCAACGAUCACGGCGUCGUCGUUAAGUGCGCCGAGAUCCAGAGCGCUAUUUCUGAGGGUGCAACUUCUUUCCUAUUUACGGAAUAUCAAUAUGUGGGCAUUUUUAUGGUUGCUUUUGCAAUCCUCAUCUUCUUAUUCUUGGGCUCAGUUGAGGGUUUCAGCACAAAGAGCCAGCCCUGCACUUUUAAUAAGGAGAAGUUGUGCAAGCCAGCUCUUGCAACUGCUAUCUUCAGUACAGUAUCCUUCUUGCUUGGUGCUUUCACCUCUGUUGUUUCCGGUUUCCUUGGAAUGAAAAUUGCAACCUAUGCAAAUGCAAGGACGACAUUGGAAGCUAGGAAAGGUGUUGGGAAAGCUUUUAUUGCUGCAUUUAGAUCUGGAGCAGUUAUGGGUUUUCUCCUUGCCGCAAAUGGCCUAUUGGUUCUGUAUAUUGCCAUCAAUCUAUUCAAGCUCUACUAUGGGGAUGAUUGGGAAGGUCUUUUUGAGGCAAUUACCGGAUAUGGUCUUGGUGGAUCCUCCAUGGCUUUGUUUGGGAGAGUUGGGGGUGGUAUUUAUACUAAGGCUGCUGAUGUUGGUGCAGAUCUUGUUGGAAAGGUUGAAAGGAACAUUCCUGAAGAUGACCCCAGGAAUCCUGCUGUGAUUGCUGACAAUGUUGGUGAUAAUGUUGGAGAUAUUGCUGGAAUGGGGUCAGAUCUUUUUGGUUCAUAUGCUGAGUCAUCAUGUGCUGCUCUUGUUGUGGCUUCAAUAUCCUCUUUUGGAAUUACUCAUGACUUCACUGCAAUGUGCUAUCCAUUGCUUAUUAGUUCCAUGGGUAUUCUGGUUUGCUUAAUCACUACUCUUUUUGCCACUGACUUUUUUGAGAUAAAGGCAGUCAAGGAAAUUGAGCCAGCAUUAAAGAAGCAGCUCAUUAUCUCUACUAUUCUUAUGACUGUCGGAAUUGCUAUUGUCACCUGGACUUCCCUGCCAUCAUCCUUCACAAUCUUCAAUUUUGGUGCUCAGAAAGUUGUGAAGAACUGGCAGCUUUUCCUCUGUGUUUGUGUUGGGCUUUGGGCUGGACUUAUCAUUGGAUUUGUGACUGAAUAUUACACCAGCAAUGCUUACAGCCCUGUGCAAGAUGUUGCUGAUUCCUGCAGGACAGGUGCUGCGACCAAUGUUAUAUUUGGCCUUGCCUUGGGAUACAAAUCAGUUAUAAUUCCCAUCUUUGCCAUCGCAAUCAGCAUUUUUGUUAGUUUCAGCUUCGCUGCUAUGUACGGUAUUGCUGUAGCUGCUUUGGGGAUGCUAAGCACUAUCGCUACUGGGUUGGCUAUUGAUGCUUAUGGCCCUAUCAGUGAUAAUGCCGGAGGUAUAGCUGAGAUGGCUGGCAUGAGCCACCGGAUUCGUGAGAGAACUGACGCCCUUGAUGCUGCUGGGAAUACCACUGCGGCUAUUGGCAAGGGAUUUGCUAUUGGAUCUGCUGCACUUGUCUCAUUGGCACUUUUCGGGGCCUUUGUGAGCCGUGCUUCAAUUUCAACUGUUGAUGUUUUGACCCCUAAGGUCUUCAUUGGUCUAAUUGUCGGUGCAAUGCUUCCAUACUGGUUCUCUGCCAUGACCAUGAAGAGUGUCGGCAGCGCAGCUUUGAAGAUGGUUGAGGAAGUUCGUAGGCAGUUUAACACAAUUCCCGGGCUCAUGGAGGGUCAUGCCAAGCCUGAUUAUGCUACAUGCGUGAAGAUCUCCACUGACGCAUCAAUUAAGGAAAUGAUUCCCCCCGGUGCACUCGUCAUGCUCACCCCUCUGAUUGUUGGGAUCUUUUUUGGUGUUGAGACCCUCUCUGGCGUUCUUGCUGGUUCUCUUGUUUCUGGUGUCCAGAUUGCAAUAUCUGCAUCCAACACAGGUGGUGCAUGGGACAAUGCUAAGAAGUACAUUGAGGCUGGUGCUUCAGAGCAUGCAAGAACUCUCGGCCCCAAGGGAUCAGAACCACACAAGGCAGCUGUCAUUGGAGACACAAUCGGAGACCCUCUCAAGGACACAUCAGGCCCUUCACUCAACAUCCUUAUCAAGCUAAUGGCAGUCGAGUCACUCGUUUUUGCUCCCUUCUUUGCCACUCAUGGUGGACUGCUAUUUAAGCUCUGAACUAUCAAUACUUAGAUGGUCGGGCAAAAAGGGUCCCUUCUCCUUUCAACACCAUAUCUCGGACUCUCUGGUACUUGUUUCACCGCUCUUUUUCUGCGUUGUUGCUAUGAGAAGUUGAAGUCAAGCUCGUAGGUAGUGAGAUGUUUUUAUUUUGAUAAGCUGAUAAUGAUGACAAUUAAUGGUAAUGGCGAUGCAAAUAUGCGUCGCAGUUGUUUCAGAUGGAAUGUAUUAGGUAUGGUUUUGGAUGAGUUUCACAAACAGCCGGUUUUUCUAGCUUUCUCUGUAACGGGAUUAAUUUUGGUCGAAGAAUAUGGAUCCUUGGGGGUUCAUAAUUUUUACUUGGA